GAUGGUGGCAGACAGCUGAAGAUCUGCAGGAUGGCACAGCGACCCGGUGCAGGAGUUCUGAAUGACCAGUCGAUGGAACACGUCCAGGUGAUCGAGGCUGAGAAUCUGGCCGUGCUUACCGGGAAGAACGUCCUGAUUGUGGAGGCCAUAGUGGGCACUGGGAGGACCCUGAGGAUGCUACUCUCCCACGUCCAGGCUUUCAAACCCAAACUUAUCAAAGUGGUAGGCUUGCUGGUGAAGCGAGUCCCUAAUCAAGCCGUCUGUCUCCCAGACUACGUUGGCUUUGAGAUCCCUAAUCAAUUUGUGGUGGGCUACGCCCUGGACUACAACGAAUAUUUCAGAGAUCUAAACCACAUCUGUGUGAUCAGUGAGGAGGGGAAACAAAAAUACAAGGUUUGAAGCGUCCGGUGCCUCACAGACCCACGGACGUCUGUUACAGACUCUUGGAAUUUUGAAGUGGUUCGUAUCUUCAUGGUUUACGCUCACGGUGCAGAACCUCAACACCUAACCAGACUGCUAACACCGCACCCGUCUGUCCGGACACUCGGCGGCUCCAAAGAAGGAUGAUUAUUGUUUAUAGAACAACUGCAUAUUAAAAAUAUGUUAAGUUA